UUUUCCUAAGCCUCGUUCCUGAAAAAGGAAACAAGAAGGAUGGGUUUGUUUGGGAAAACUCCAGAGAAAUCACCCAAAGAUAUGGUGAAAGAAUGGUCAUCAAAGCUUAGAAAGGAGGGAUACAAUAUCGAUAGACAGAUCAGAGGUAUUCAGAGAGAGGAAGAAAAAGUGAAAAGAUCCUUAAAGGAUGCAGCCAAAAAGGGACAAAAAGACGUGUGUAACAUCCUAGCAAAAGAAAUCAUAAGGUCAAGAAAAGCAAUAAGCAGAAUGUAUGCAGCUAAGGCCCAGAUGAACUCUGUUAUGAUGAGCAUGAAGAACCAAGAAGCCACUGUACGCCUGACAGGUGCCCUAGAAAAGAGCACAGAGGUGAUGAAUAGUAUGCAGCAGCUUGUAAAGUUACCUGAAAUACAGGCAACUAUGAUGGCCAUGUCAAAAGAAAUGAUGAAGGCUGGCAUUCUAGAAGAAAUGUUAGAUGAUACAUUUGAAUCAUUAGAAAGUGAUGAUCUGGAGGAAGAAGCAGAAGAAGAAGUUGAAAAGGUUUUGUUUGAACUCACAUCAGGUGAGUUGGGCAAAGCUCCAGCAGCUGUUAGUGACACAUUACCUACACCAGAGGUGGAAGAAGAGGAGGAGGAGGAAGAAGACAUUUCAGAUAUGCAAGCCAGACUGCAGGCUUUAAAAAGUUGACUUCAUUGGUCUCACAUGCACUAUGUGAUAGCCAGUUGUGUACAUAAUUAGUUACAAAGCAGUGUAAUGUUAAGAUAUAUUCUAUUGAAGAUACUCUGCUGUCAGUUGUGAAACAAAAAAGGGUAAUAUAUGGAGCUUUGUACUUGAAUAAUAAGACUCGUAAUAUAUGGAUCUUGCUUUUUGUUUCAAUAUUAAGAUUUGCCAAAAGAAAACAAAAUUUGAUGUUUCAUUUGAAUGGGAUGUGUGUUAUCUGUACAUAUAAAUAUCUUGUAAAUAUUUGAUUAUUUUACCAGCCUGUACUCAAAUGUUUUAUCAAUUGUCUUGCUCUAUGGCAGUUAGCUAGAAGUGUAUGUUUCAUAUUCUGGUUAGAAAUGCAAAGUAGACAACUGCAGUUCUGCAGCGAUGGAUCAGCAUAGAAGUUGCCUCUUCUGCCAACAUUUAUGAAAUAGAGGUCACAUUAAGCAGGAAUGACAGGGGACCAACCUGCAGAACUAACAGCAUCAAUUUUUCCCAAAGAAUUCUGUCAAUAGUUUUCCUGACAAGCUUUACUAGUCUAGGUGUCUGACUGGUGGAAUGCAUGUGGCAUGCGUGAACGUAGAAUCAAACUGGUAGUUCAUUUGUGGCAUUGGGGCAAUAGAUCACAAGUGUUCCCAAAAUUGACCUAGGUUGUGUCGUUAACAAAGUGCAAUAAACACUUCCCAUAUUCCAAAGGCAACAGCUCUAAUAAUGAAAAAAAUGUAAUAUAUCGGAAAAAAUCAGAUGUGUAUAUCCUUGGCAUACAGCAUCUGCCAGAGUCGCAGCACACGUGGUAACUCCUCCCUAUGAUUUCAUUUUAUUACAGUGUUUAAAGGGCCUAAGUAAUGUAAUUCUACAUAUUUUAACUGUUUCUAAUACCCCCAGUAAAUUUUAUCCAGUCGUCUCUAAUUCAUAUUUAGCAUUUACCUUUGUAAUUAUCAAUUUUGUAAAUCCUGCAAGAUCGAGUUGCAUGGCUGGUCCAUUAUUUUGUGUAUUGAAAGUGGCUGGUUUUUGACAGUAGGGGAUACGGAGUUGUAGAGAGGAGAAAGAAAACAAUAAAUUAUGAA